GCAUGAUUAUUGAAAUAUAAAGUAAUGGUAUCAGUGUAUGCAAUUUUGUACUAACGGAAGGUUUUGAAAUGCAUAACAAUGACUAAUAUUAGUGCGGGGCUGUAUAUUUUGUACUUUUUUUAUAUUUUGUCCUUGGUACCGUCCCGGAGAUCUGUAAACGUUAGCCGUGUUUUCAUUGAAUUAACGUUUUCUUUUUCGAAUAUUGUAACUUUUGUAUUAUAUUUAUUUAAUAUAAAACAACGGAAGUCUUGCGUCAUUAAUAUCAUGUCUCGUUUCUGUGAUUCUUGCGCUUUUGUUUGUUAGUUUUCAAUUGUUUUUUUUAACGCUUUGAUUUAUCUGUGGAAAAGCAACAAGUGCAAUGUUUUAAAAAAAAAUAUCUAAAUUGUAACACUGAAACAAUGAGUAGCGUUAUAUGUCAGGGACUUCGGUCUCCGGUGCGCAGGUUGGCGGCGUUGAGGAAAUCAAAAACGAUAUCAACUUCAAUAGUGCACAAUGAAACUAUACUGGUUAAGAAUAAUCAAGAAUUUGUUACUAAGGUAAUGAAUAACGACAAGCCUGUGAUAGUGAAUUUCCACGCAGACUGGUGUGAACCCUGCAAGAUCCUGACUCCCAAACUGAAGGAGCUAAUCGAUCCAUUGACCAACCUGGAUCUGGCCAUAGUCGACGUCGAAGAGAACGCUGACCUCGUGCAUACCUUUGAAGUGAAAGCGGUGCCAGCUGUUAUAGCGAUAAGCAACGGUCUUAUAGUCGAUAAGUUUAUUGGUCUAGUCGAUACCGACAUGAUACAAAAUUUAAUAGACAAGAUGUGCGGUAAAAAGAAAGACCCAUAGACUAAGAAUUUUUUUUUCACUCAGUUUAUGUCACGCCUCGAAAAUUAUUUUAGUAACUGGCCAUAGAUAAUUUUAUUUUAAUUUUAGAUUUUUAUUA